AUGGAGUUUUGUCUGUGCGCUUUCACAGAAAAGCCAAAGCCUACAUCUCUCAAGGUGUUGAAUUGGGUGAAUCCUAUACAGAGGUCUGACAGCCCGUUUCCUUCUGGUCCAGUGGAAGCUGAGUCUCACCGGCACAGUGAGUCUGAGCGCUCUUACGUGGGCAAAGCUGGCCUCCCUGGCCGUGGGCGGCGCUGGUGGAGGCACUGGGUCAGUACCCUUCGCGUCCCCAGGCCUGGCACGGCGCCUGGCAGACAGCACAGAGCCCGAGAUUGUUCUGCAGGAGUCGUCAGGGCAACUGGGAACCCUUCAUGGUCAAACUUUGCACUGGUGGUGCCUCCACUGCCACCCGCACCGGCACCUGCCGCUCAGUCUCCGCCUCCUCCUGCAACGCCACACGCAGAAGAGCAACAAAAAGUGGCCCAGUGGAUGGACCCACUGUCCAAACCGCCUCCUCCAGAGCGCGGGGCCGGGCCGGGAGGAGCCGGUGACCCGACCCUGACCCACUCGGCUGUCCCGCCCCUGCGCCCCGGGCCUCGCCCUCGGCCUGGGGGCUGCGCCCGGGUCCCAGCGGAGCGCCAGAAGCCACCGCCGUCGCCGGCAGGCAUGGGGCGCUGGGACCGCGUCUCCCGCGUCUCCCGCGGGGUCCCAGGCGGAGCCGGGCUUUGGUGCACGGCGCCGCGGGCCGCGCCGGGCGUCUCCAGGGACAGCGGCGGUCCCCGCGUCCCCGAGGUGGCCCGGGCCGCCCGCCGGCUGCUGCGGGACCUGGGGCGGCGGCUGGCGCGCGCGUGGCGGCGGGCGGUGCGGUGCGCGGGCUCGGGGCGCGCGCGCCAGGAGCGGAGCUGGGCGCGCAUGGACGGCGCGCUGGGGCGGCUGCGCGCGGAGACGUUGGAAAUGCGUUCCCAAAACCAUCAGCUGGCCGUAACUUUACUGGAUUUAAACAUAAAAAUGCAGCAGUUGAAACUGGCUCACAGACUGGAAAUUGCAUCAGAAUCUCAAAGCCCAGAAGAUAAUGCUGUGAAUUGGGAGGACGGAAAAGUGGGCUUGGAAAUCUGAACCUUAAGAAUAACAGUGGUGACUCUGAAACAGUUUUAACAGUGGCAACAUGGAUGCUUUGCAUGGGCUCUAGGGGACCAAAAAAGUGUAACUGACAGAAAAAAAAAAGAUUGAAGAGAGGGGAGGGAAAAAACGGUGUGGGAUGUUAACGUUUAGAAAUAUUCAUUCAUUGUUGGGGGGUGUUUCUCACAAAAAAUUAAACAAGAAUGCCUUAAUGCCAA